AGAGGUCUGAGGCAACACAUUGACUUUGUGUAGUACGGCACAAUGGAAGUUCACAACUGCAUGAUUGUUUUUCACUUUUUGCUCUUUGUCUUUUUCAAAGUGGCAGAUUGCUCUGACGUGUCUAUUAUUGGCGGAAAAACUGUGAAAAAUAAUAAACCAUGGAUGGUGUCUAUUCAGAAUAACCAGCGCCAUGUGUGUGGAGGAAUUCUGAUAGAGAAGGAAUGGGUUUUGACUGCCGCACAUUGCAAACUAACAUUACAAAAUACAGACUCUGUGACAGUUCUCAUGGGAAGUCUGUCUCUAAAAAAUAAAAAACGUUCCAAGUCUCAGCGUGUUGGGAUCCUCAGGUAUGAACAUCACAAAGGAUUCAAUAUGGUCACUAAAGAACAUGACAUCAUGCUCAUUAAACUAAGCAAAAAGGUGAAAGUGAAACCCAAAAAGCUCCCAAAAAAGGAGCAAGACAUUCGAGGUGGAACAAAAUGCAUUGUGAUGGGUUGGGGAAUUACUAAUUUAGAAGAUAAGGAUGGUUCUGAUAAACUGCAAAUGUUAGCGGUGAGAGCUGUGGACAGAAAACAGUGCAAAAAUGACUACAAGGGCGAUUUUGAAAUUACAAAAGAUAUGGUGUGUGCAGGAAGCAUGGAGAAAAACAUAGGCACUUGUCGGGGAGAUUCCGGCGGACCACUAGAAUGUAAAACUUCCAGGAAAUUUUUCAGUAAGACAAACAUUGUUGGAGUGGUUUCAGGGGCAAGAGGGUGUGGUGAUCCCAAGAAACCAACUGUGUACACUUUUCUUUCUAAAGAACAUAUCUCCUGGAUCAAUCAAGUACUUAAAAAACAAUUCAGCAGCACACCAUUUUAAAAAAUAAUACAAAGCUGUAGGCAUGGUCAGGUUACAUUUUGCUACAUAUGCCAUGCCAUAUACCUGUAUGACAAUUGAUGUAUUAAUCAAUAAGUAUU